AUGAGGUCCAUCUUCUCGGUCCUCCAACGGACCGCAACGACGGCCUGGAAGCAGCCCCCGAUCGCCUCCGCCCUCCGCGGUCCUCGCGCGACGUUCAAGCUCGACUCAAUCUGUGCGAGAUGUCGACGCCAGCAAGUCCGAUUUAACAGCCAGCAGCGGCAAAUGGGCGAUGAUCCGCGCUGGCUGUCGGUGGUGGAUAAUCCGGCGCAGAUUGUGCGGACGGGGAAUAAGCAUGGACCGGGGUUGAUUAUUUUAGCUUUAAUCCCGAUCAUUUCCUUCGCCCUCGGAACCUGGCAGAUCCAGCGUCUCGACUGGAAAACCAAAAUCAUUGCCAAAUAUGAAGACCGUCUCGUCAAAGCACCGCUUCCGCUGCCGCCGCAGAUCGAUCCUGACGCUGUCUCGGAGUUUGACUACCGGAGAGUCUACGCCACGGGUCGUCUGAGACACGACCAGGAGAUGCUGAUCGGGCCGCGCAUGAGGGAGGGGGAGGAUGGGUAUAUUGUGGUGACGCCGUUGGAACGAGGUGAGGGACAGAGUACCGUACUGGUCAACCGGGGCUGGAUCUCCAAGAAGAUGAAGAAUCAGAAGGAUCGAGUCGGCGGACUGCCUCAAGAGGAGGUGGUCGUGGAGGGAUUGCUCCGCGAGCCGUGGAAGAAGAACAUGUUUACGCCGGAGAAUAAGCCGGAGAAGGGAGAGUUCUACUUUCCGGAUGUGGAGCAGAUGGCGGAAUUGACAGGCAGCCAGCCGGUGUGGAUUGAACAGACCAUGGUUCAGGAUAUGGUGGAAUUCUAUGAUCGAACGGCCAAGGGAAUUCCUAUCGGUCGUGCGGCGGAGGUGAACCUGCGAAACAACCACAGCCAGUACAUCUUCACAUGGUACGGUUUGUCUUUGGCAACGUCGAUCAUGCUGGGAAUGAUUAUCCGGAAGAGACCCAACGAGGCCACACGUCGGGUGCGCGCAAACCGGAACUGGUAA